CUGUGAAACUUAAAAUUAUCACUUACGUAACAAGUUCUCCAUCUUUUCCUCAUUUAAUUGUUGUAAUCUCUAAAACCCUUGGCUCCACUUCCAGCUCAAUGCACACACAUCCAUGGUGUUCUUGUCAACAGUGUCACUUUGACAGUAAGAAAUUCAAAGCUCUUGGUUGGAUUUUUAGCAUGUAAAACAAAGACGGACAUAGCACAUUCUUGAUGAAAAAGCAGUAAGGUUAUUAAUGGAAUGAUGAAAAGAAUUAAAAAACCCAGUUUUUACCUUGGAACGCGCUAAGUCUCCGGCAUCGCGGGUCUUACUGCACGGGAGAUUUUGGAUAAUUUUAAUAUUAUAAUUAAAUUAAUGCACCUAUGGUUAUUUAUUGAAAUAUUUUAACCUCUUGAAAGUGUUGUGUGUAAGAAACAGCCAUGGAUCUCCACAGACCUGUCGAUCCUAAUAAGACCUAUGAGGAACUGACUGCAGACGAAAAGCUGAGAUAUGACCAUCAGAAGCUGCAUGAGAUGCACAAGGGGCACGAGUCCAUGCACACGACCAUGGUCAUGAUCCUCAUUGUGACACUCAUAGUCGCACAAAUCAUUGUCAUGGAGUGGAAGAAGAGGCACUACAGGUCUUAUGCUUUCUUCACAAUGGUGGCGAUGUGGUCUAUACCAGUGCUGAUGAGCGUCAAGAACCAGUGGUGGAGGUUCAUCACCAUCUGGAGUAUAUUCACCAUGCUCACCGCGGUGGUCAUAAGGAAGUCAACUACCAGACCCAUGUCUGUCACCACGCCGAGGCUAGUAUACAAAUGGUUCUACCUAAUAUAUAAGGUGAGCUGUUUCCUGGGCGUGGUAGGCUACAUCCUAAUGAUGCUGACGUUCUUCGGGCUCAACCUCGCAUUCGGCCACAAGCCGCAGCAGUGGAUGGACGUGGCGUUAAUGCUGCUCUUCUAUGGAUUAUACUUCGGCGUGUUAGGGAGAGAUGUCGCUGAAUAUUGCACCGAUAAAAUGGCUGCUUCUAUUGGGUACUACACACAAGAGGGCAUGCCGACGCGGCAGCUGGACACCAACGUGUGUGCUGUUUGUGGUAACCAGCUACUCGUCGACGUCGACGCGGAGGGGCUCAUAGAGAACACGUACAAGUUGACCUGCGGCCACGUGUUUCACGAGUUCUGCAUCCGCGGCUGGUGCAUAGUCGGCAAGAAGCAGACCUGCCCCUACUGCAAGGAGAAGGUGGAUCUCAAGCGCAUGUUCACCAACCCUUGGGACCGGCCCCACAUCCUAUACGGCCAGCUACUGGACUGGAUCCGCUGGCUGGUGGCGUGGCAGCCCCUCAUCCUGUUCUUGGCUCAGGGCAUCAACUGGCUGUUCGGCCUAGAAUGAGACCGGACUGGCCUCUGAGGACCUCUAGUACUGAACCCUAGCGUUGUGUUGCGGACACUAGUGAUUUGUGAAGUGAAUUCUGUGGUUCGAGGAUAUAAGAAGAUUAGUGAUCGUGUUGCUGGUAAGUUUCAGAAUCAUUUGUAUAACACCAUUUCGUUUAUUAACAACAUAUAAGUCUGGUUUUCUUAAAACAAUUGUUUACUUUGAAAGUUGAAUGCAAAUAUUUAUAGUAAACGGUUGUUUUAAGAAAAGUGUUAUCUAUGUUGUUGGUGAACUUCAGCUUGAUUACUGUUUAAUUUAUAAUGAUUUGUCCAUUUCUGUCUCUUUGGAUAGAAAGAGGAAAAACAUUUCAAUGUCUAAAAAAGCAGACUAGCAAAUUAUUUAACACACUACUCCUAGACAAGUUCCAAUUAGUAUACGACAUGUAAUACUAAAUGUGCAAAACCUCAAAAUAAUUUGAGAAUAAUCAAUCAAACCAUUCUCUGUACGCCUCGUCUCAUCUCGCCGCGUCCUCAAAAACGCCAGAGAUGAUCAGAAUUUCCAGUAGAACUUACCAGUACAAGAAAAUCUCACUCAGAUUUUGGUCAAUUGAAAUAUAAAUCGUUAGGGGUGUCCGAGAUUUUGCGAAUUUAACGUUACACGUCGUAUAUUUGGUUGUUGUUACUUAUUUGUCUGUCUUCGACAGCUGUACUAUACUUGAUUGAAUACUACAGCAAUAAAAACCUUUUUAUACUGAGUAGACCUUCGUCUCACGGUCUAUUAUUUUAAUGUUGCUCAGUUCCUCUUUAAUUAUACCUUCUUAGAAUAUUGUAGGUCAAAAUGAAUGUUGCUUACGUCAUAUUUUUUAUAUAUUUAUUUAAAUGUUCCAAUUACACAAAAUUGAAUUUAAUAUUCAUGUGAUCUCUUUGUCCAAAAUGUUUUAUUUUUUAAUUUGAUUAUAGCAAAAAACAAUUUCAUUUCAAAUUCUAAAGUACACUAAUUAUCUGAAAUACAGGAGUAUCCUUAAAUUGUUUUGAUAUUUAAAAAUGGUAAUUAAUACAAGAAUUUUAUGUGCAGUUUUGUACACAAUGUACACUUGACUGUUCUUGUACAUAAUAGUAAGAUUAUGGAAAGUUAUAUGAUGUAAAUAUUAUGAAUAUCUAUUUAAUUGACGCGAGUUAAAAUAAAGUAAGGCACACGCAAGCGUUUUGAUAAAUCGGACGACAUGUAUAAGUAAAUAUUGGAUUUGAAUGUGUAUUUUUUAUGUUCAAAUUAUGACGUCAUGUGUGAAAUGUCUCUUAUAAUGUGUCGAGACCAGACGAGAGCAGAUACGCAUUGUACCCACAAGUAACAAAUAGUUUUAGAUAUCUGAAAGAAAGUUCUGCGUCUAUGCAAGAUUAAAAAGUAAUUGAAUAGGGAUACAAUUGUUCUUAUUAAACAUCUAUUUCUUUACUCGUUUGGUCUGACCGCCCCGAAUAUAUUGGAACAUUUCCAGCGCUGUCACACUAGCGGAUUUACCGCUCGCUUUUUUUACAUGUGACAAUUUUUGAGCGACGUGUCGUCGUUUGAAAAUCGUGAUUGUCAAUUGUUUACUGUCACGCCCGGGUAUACGAUCCGCUAGGAAAAACUGAGCAGGAAAUCCGCUAGUGUGAAAGCGUUUUGGGCUCAGUGGGUGCUUACUAAAUAUGAUUUAACCAUUAUUCUAAAAUGAAAAGAUCGAUUGUGGCAGCAUGAUGUUUUGAAUGUUUUCAGUGGGAAGUGACUCAAGCCUAAGCAAUCACUUUAAACAUGUCUUCACGGUUUUCUAAAUUGUCCAGUGAUUGGUCAAUGUUGGUGUGUUCACUUUUAGGUAGAUAAGCUCUUGUGCAACAUAGUGAUUGCAACAUGUUGCGUUACAUGCUUCAUGUAUAGUUCGUGGCAAACUUAUUGGCGUUGUGCGACAUCGUGCGACACGCUGGGCAGAAACCGACUUAAACGAAAACGAAAAAAAAAGAGGUUCUCUGUUUGAACUGACGGAAGUACGUUUGUAUGCGAUUAUCUCGCGUUUAAUUAUACCGAUUUGGAUGCGGUUUUCAACAUGUAUUUGUCAGACUUUAGGAGAAGGUUUUGGGUAGAUUAACUGACGAAAAAAGUUCGACGCCAUUGGACGUGACGUGUUACAUCACGCAGCAUGUUGCAGUAAUUACAUGUUAUGUUACAGAAGUUGGCAUUAUAAUAUUAUUCCUCUGUUUUUUAUACCUUUAUUGCAUUUUGUUCGUGGCAUUAAGAUGUACAUACGAGUAUCAAAGGUUAAACAAAUAAUAUCCUACUCGAUAACCCGCACCCAAAACGUACCUUUAGUCACACAAUGGCCCGAGUUCAGAGAUCAUAGUAAAUUUUAAAUUCUACUAAUGAAACGUUUUCGAACGAAACGGUUUAUUUGAAACAUAAAGUGAGGCUUUGCAAUCGGUUGUAAAAACCACUGAGUACAAAAUGUCGAUCUUCUAUAAUGAAAGUAAAAAAAAGAAUAACAAUCUUACUACUUUUGCCCAUUUAACCCGUUUAAGGUUUAUCUUUUGUUUUCGCAAAUAACACGUUGGUAAGGUAACUAUGUCUCGAACACGGAGAGCAAAAUUAUUAGCGGAAAUGACAUAACGCAAAAUCUCCUAAGUAGCGCGCCAAAAUGCCGGUGUUUGAGGGACGAGGAACGUUACCAGCCCCGCCCUUAUAACCAAUAACCCAAAUAACCAAUCAAUCAAGACCAAUCUUUGGCAGAUUGGUUUUGAUAUGACAAAGGACCCGAAUGCAUCGUUGUUCUAGUAAUUGAUCACGCCUACCGUAAGUUACAUUGAACUUCAAGCAGGCGACUGAUCUACCUUCCUUAUGGCAUCUCCGCUGUCUUUCCUUCCUCCGUAGUCUCGAAUGCCACGAAUACUUUAAUAUUUUAGCCAUUAAGUUAAGCAGUAUUUAUUAUAAUUUACGUUAAUGUUAUGCGUUCUUCCUGUAAAUGUUUUGUGCUACGCCAUUCCAUGUUGUAACAACCAACACCUAAGUGAGUUAAUUAAAAGUAUUUUUGUAAAAAAAUUAAAACAAACGAUCAAUUAAGUGAUGUAUUUAUUAUAAUUCUUUUGUUAUUUUGUACAAAAAUAAAUUAUGUUUGGAAUGUA